GCCCACAGAUCCGGUUCUGAGGACUUCACAGGGAGACUGGUCUCAUGAAUGGAGUGCGAGUCCCGGCCGCAGCCAGAACCUGCUGGUUUUCAGCUUUAAACUCUGAGGAAAAACAACUUUAAUGAACUUUUCAUGGACUGAGACUGACUGAACAGUUCACAGCGACAUGGAUCAGGACUGGGAGACUGGGAGAGCCUGACGAGGAGCAGAGGUCAAAGGGCAACAGCGAGGGACCAUCUGUGGCUGGAUAACACAGAGCUGCCAGAUCCUGCAAUGCCAGAAGAAGCUACUAAGGAUGCCAUGAGAGCUCCGGCUACCUCGGAGAAGACCAACAACAACGAGCAGCCGGCAGUCGCCGUGACGGCGGUGAACAUCCCCCGGGUGAAUGAAGUCCAGCUGACCGCAGCCACCGGCGGCGCCGAGCUGUCCUGCUAUCGCUGCACCGUCCCGUUCGGUGUGGUGGUCCUCAUCGCAGGCAUCGUGGUCACUGCGGUGGCCUACAGCUUCAACUCGCACGGCUCCACCAUCUCUUACUUUGGCUUGGUGCUCCUCUCGGUCGGACUGGUGCUCUUAGCGUCCAGCGUUGUCUGCUGGAAGGUGAGGCUGGAGAGGAAGAAGGAGAGGCGACGGGAGAGCCAAACCGUUCUCGUCACAAACCAAAGGAGCAUUUUUAGUUGAGCCUGUAGCUCCAGCUGGUCUCCUGAGUCUACAAAGCGUCUGAAGGUGUUUUUUGAUGGUGAACCAGCUGGAACCAGAGGUUACUCAGCACAUGUUGGAUUCACAAGCUGUGAAAACUCAGACCGCAGACUCUCAAAGCCCAGAACUCACGGCUUUGAAGGCACGGUCAGGGAUUUAUUUGUCAAACUGACGUCGAGCAUCUGGUGAGCUGGGAAUGCAGCCAGGAGGAAUGAAUCACAAUUAAGAUGAAUGACCACCGUGCACAGCGGUGAGGAGGAAGUUUCCCAUCAAUCUGCCGCCGCAUGAGGCGGUUUUGAUUGUGAUGGGGUGGAUUAUGAAAACUGAAAUCCCACGGAGGAGGACGGAAACGGACUGGAGAGUCCAGGAAAGUUAUUCACACCUCAUUUAUUGCACAUAUUUGUUGAUAAAGUCUCAUAUUUCACGGUUCAGGGAACUCGGCUGUGAUGGAGGACGGUACGCGGUAUCUGAACGUCAGAUUAGAGGGCACAUAAUUUAACCAUAAACACGUAUUCUCUUCAAGCACUUUGUUCUUAUUUGAUAUUAUUCAUCUUUAAAAAAAUAAAUGUAACAAGUGAGAUGUUUUGAAACAUUU